CCCAAACCCAAGGUUUAGCCAAACUCUAGCCGCGCCACAUAACGUCACUUUCUCUCUCUAUCUCUAACUCUAACUCUAACUUUCUUCUCUCUCUCUUCUCUGCAACUAUCAAAAAAGUCUCUUCAGCAGACGAAGAAGAAGCAUAAAACGGUGCGUUUUGGGAUCUGAUUGAGUGGUUGAAGCAAUGGAGGAGGAGAAAGGGGUGUUAGUGGAGAAUUUGAUAGAGAUAGUGAAUGAGAUAGCUUCGAUCUCAGAGUAUAGAAGCUCGGUGAAGAAAUUGUAUUGUAAUUUAGCCAGAAGAUUGAAGCUUUUAACUCCAUUGUUUGAGGAGAUUAAAGAGAUUAAAGAACUAAUUCAUCCUCAUACUUUUCAAGCUUUGGUUUCUUUGAAAAGCUCUCUUCUUUCUGCUCAAGAUUUGCUUAAAUUCGGCUGUGAAGCCAGCAAGAUUUACAUGGUGUUGGAGAGGGAACAAAUUAUGAAUAAAUAUCAUGAGGUGACAGGUCAAUUGGAACAAUCACUAAGUACAAUUUCCUAUGAAAAUCUUGACAUAUCAGAUGAAGUUAAAGAACAGGUUGAGCUUGUCCUUGCACAGUUCAGAAGAGCCAAAGGGAGGGUCGAUACUCCCGAUGUUGAGUUGUAUGAAGAUCUCUUAUUGCUUUUCAACAAGAGUAACGAUGCAGAAAUAGAUCCAGUUGUCCUAAGAAGAUCAUCUGAGAAGUUACAGUUGCUAGGGAUAGAUGAUCUAACACAAGAAUCGCUAGCUCUGCAUGAAAUGGUUGGUGCUACCGGUGGUGAUCCUGAGGCAAAUAUCGAGAAAAUGUCGAUGCUACUUAAGAAAAUUAAGGAUUUCGUGCAAACAGAAAAUCCGAAUCUGGAAACAAUAAGAAAGGAGAAAAAUCUACCGCCUAGUGGCAGUGGACAAGCGUCCACCAAUGCGAAUCACAAGGCUCCAGUUAUACCAGAUGAUUUCCGCUGUCCGAUAUCUUUGGAAUUGAUGAAAGAUCCCGUUAUAGUUUCAACAGGACAGACAUAUGAGCGUUCUUGCAUUGAGAAAUGGCUGGAAGCAGGGCAUGGAACAUGUCCAAAGACGCAGCAGAACGUUAGCAGUACAGCUGUCACACCAAAUUAUGUAUUGCGCAGCCUCAUUGCUCAGUGGUGUGAAGCAAACGGCAUCGAACCACCGAAACGACCCAGCAGUUCUCGAUCCAACAAAACCACAUCCGCCUACUCUCCUGCCGAGCGUACUAAGGUCGAGAUUCUCCUCCAUAAACUCACAUCUGGUAGCCCUGAAGACCAGCGAUCUGCUGCAGGUGAGAUCCGCCUUCUUGCCAAGCGAAAUGCAGAUAAUCGUGUGGCUAUUGCUGAAGCUGGUGCAAUCCCACUUCUCGUGGGCCUCCUCUCAACACCAGACUCCCGCACACAAGAGCAUGCGGUGACCGCACUUCUUAACCUUUCUAUAUGUGAAGAUAACAAAGGAAGCAUCAUAUCAGCUGGGGCGGUUCCCGGUAUAGUGCAUGUGCUUAAGAAGGGCAGCAUGGAAGCUCGGGAAAAUGCUGCAGCCACACUUUUCAGUCUUUCAGUUGUCGAUGAAAAUAAGGUCACGAUAGGCUCAUCCGGGGCGAUCCCCCCACUCGCGAUGCUUCUAAGUGAGGGUACCCAAAGGGGGAAAAAGGAUGCUGCGACUGCACUUUUCAACUUGUGCAUCUAUCAGGGGAACAAGGGAAAGGCGGUGAGGGCUGGAGUUGUGCCCACGCUAAUGCGUCUGUUAACUGAACCUGGCGGCGGAAUGGUCGAUGAAGCAUUAGCCAUAUUAGCUAUACUGGCUAGCCAUCCGGAAGGGAAGUCAUCCAUUGGAGCUGCAGAGGCAGUGCCUGUAUUAGUGGAAGUUAUUGGAAACGGAUCCCCCCGGAACAGAGAAAAUGCGGCUGCAGUAAUGGUGCACCUGUGUUCUGGAGACCAAAAAUAUUUAAUCGAAGCACAGGAGCUUGGAAUCAUGGGGGCACUACUAGAUCUAGCUCAAAAUGGCACGGACCGCGGGAAAAGGAAGGCCCGUCAGUUGCUGGAGUGUAUUAGCAGGUUUGUCGAGCAGCAAAAGCAGGCUCACGUACAAACCGAGGCUCAAGCGCAACAUCAGGUUCAGAUGCAGCAGCCACAACCAACAUACACAGAAAAUUCUGCUGACAGCUGACAUUUUUAAGUUACACCAUUUUCUCGAUUUGAUAAUUGUUUCUUUUCGGUUUACUUGAAGAGGGGGCCUCGGUUUGGGAGGGGAAAGGUGGAAGAUCACCUCCCCAGAUUGUAAGUUAUUCAUUUGUUUGUGUGGGAUGAUGACUACACUAGAAAAAUAUACCAAAGAUCCAAGGGAGGGAAAACAAGAAAGAAGACAAAUUCUCCAGGCAUCUGACAUGAAUAUUGUGAAUUGUAUCAUUGUAACAUGUAAUUAUCAUCCUCAGUUUUUAUUGAAGAGAGGUUAGUUUCUUGUAUUCAAAUGAAAGCAUGUAAGAUACGACAGUUCCAUAUCGAUCCAUUACGGUAACGAGAAAAAUCACUUGAAGAAUUUGAUGCAA